AUGGAUAUAACAGAUGAGAAAGAGAAUGACAAUGCGGGCAUUGCUGCUUCAGGUGAUGUGUCAACCAUUGAGGGCAUAUCCUCUACAGAGACAAUCAUCAUGGCCACAAUGCUUGCAGUCGUCUUUAUUGCCAGCGUGGUGGCUAACUCCUUUGUGUUUGUAGUUUUCUGCAAAAGGAAAUCCAUAUCGAUGUCCAACAGAUUUAUAGCCAACCUCACUAUCUGCAAUUGCUUAAACACGUUUUUGGUAACCCCGUACGCCUUUACAUCCUUGCUUGCCAAGCGGUGGGUGUUCGGAAACUUUUGGUGCGUGUGUACCGGGUUUAUGAUGAAUGUGUUGAUUGGGGCCAGCAUAUUUACUCUAGCUGUCAUCUCCAUAGACAGAUAUUGUGCAGUGGUGACGCCUCUGCACUAUACUAUGAGACUGACCUCACGACGAUGUUCGGGAUUGAUCGUAUGUAUUUGGAUAGCGGCGGUGGCUGUCUCGUCGCCGCCCCUGAUGGGUUGGAACGCCAUAGAAUUUCAGCUAGACAAAAUGGUAUGCACAGUGAAGUGGUCCAGCAGCGUGCGAUAUGACAAAUAUUAUACUCUCUUUCUGAUAAGUUUCAGUUUUCUGCUGCCACUGAUUGCCAUGCUGUGGACUUAUGCCAGAAUGUUUCGAGCCGCCCACGGAAACAUCGUCAGAACACGACGGAGUAGCGUCAUUCGAAUCAGUUCUCCUGUGAUGAGUCAGUGUGAUGAAAGUGCUCAACAAUCGACGCCCAUCAACUCCAGAAGACGAAGCAGCUCGGCUCCAAUUAUCAGGCGCUUAAGCCAAUGCUCCAGUCGCUCUUCCUCAUUUCUUUGGAGAAAAGAAGAAUGGAAGACCGCAGUGACCAGUUUUCUUGUUUUGUUUAGUUUUGCUUUGUGUUGGACCCCGUACUUUGUUGUCAUGGCUGUAGAAGCCAGUGGAAGCACCUCUUCCCCCGUGUGUCCAACCGUAUCUCACAUAUCCACUGUUCUAGCCAUGUUCAGCUGCGCUUGCAAUCCUCUUGUCUAUGUUUUCAGAAGCAAGGUUGUGCGCCAAGAACUGAAAAGCAUCGUCCGCGGACAAGGCAGCUUCGAACAUGAAGUCUGCAUACCUCACGAAAUUCUCAGAAGGACUUCCGUUGUCAGAAAUGAAAGCGGUAGAAGUUUGCCAAGUUUAGUUGGCGGUGAUGAUAAGAGAGAGAACAACAGUACGGACAAGGAACGCAGACCCCUGAAAGGUCUCAGGAAGUCCAGUUUUAGUACCAGGGUUGUGAAAUACGAGGAUGCCCCCCUUCCAGAAUCUAGCACCGAGUGCACUUUGAUCACUUGUGGCAGCUGUACCUCGCUCAAAGUGUGA